CCAGUACGCCGUCAACAUGUAACUAAACGCAACCUUUCCUUUGGUACGACACCUAAAUCUGGACGAGGCAGACGUACUGCCUGUAUGAAGAAUGAACUCCCAGCCACCAAGUGGUCAGCCAGGGCAGGCCCCUGUAACGCCAGCUGCAACAUCCACAUCAACACCAGCAACCACAGCAUCAUCAAUUCCAACCACACCAACAAUCACACCAAUGCCAACUUUACCAACUCCAGUUCCCAGCUUACCAACAACAAUGGCUACAAUACCAACGCCAAUGCCUACUUUAACAAAAGAAUCCAGUCAACCUCCUGCCAAGAAGAUCAAGCUCAGUACACCACCAUCAGUUGUUCAGGAAUCUGCAGCAAAUAUUUCUGGUCCACCAUCUCAGGUCCUGACCAAUCAGACAUCAUCUGUAUUGACCAAUCAGACGCCUCCAAUUGUAUCCAAUCAGAUGUCACCUUUUCCUCCUGGAACCAUCAGCCUAACCAUCACCAAUGGUGUUAUCAACCUGAACGCGCCACCAGGUGGUGUGGCGGGGAAGGCGUCCAGUGUAACCCCAGGUGUGAGGGGCGCCCAGUCCACCAUCCUAGCUGGGGUAGCAGGAAGUCUGGUGAAGGGCCGAGGAGCUCGCAUGCCCUUGAAAAGCCACUCGCAGCAGGCAGGAGGAGUGCUUGCUACCAGUAUGCCCUUAAAGGGACACCCUCAACAAGCAUCCAGCUCACCCAUGGUAACAAGUCACACACAGCUCAAGAUUCCUAACCCCUCUACAUUCCCCAUGCGAGGCCCCACUCCCAUUCUCUCCCCCAGCCAGGCGCUCCCUGCAGGAGCCACCUUGACCGUGACUCUACCUGCCCGUACGUCUGUGCCGCUCCAGACAGUGGCUACAAUAGGGCAGCCCAUCAUGACUGCGGGAAUGACUGUCAAGGCACUCUCUCAGGACGGCUCCAGUCACUCAGCACCAGGUCAUUCCAUUCCAUUACAGCACAUGUCAGCUCUUCCUCGACAACCCAGUGCAGCUCGUUCUCCACAUCAGCAGGUCACGAUACACCCAAUAACACUGUUACCACGACAACCACUGCACACACAGAGACAGCAGCUAUUACAACGCCCAACCCGAUUUGCCCAGCAGCCGAUAAACAUGCAGAAUGCCCGACUUCCAGCCUCUCAUCCCAGCUUGCGUCCAGUGUCGGCACCACAGCUUACCUUCCAGAUUGCACCAGGAGCAUCUCAGGCAGCACAAGGACUAGGUCCAGGUCAACAGCUGCUGCAACAAAGGCCACAGUUACUUGCUCAGGCUCGGCCACAGCUGGUGAUUCAAACCGCUCGACCUCUGGUGCCCAGCACCCAGGUGACCAGCCCCAUGCUGCACUCGCCUCUUCUCCUGAAAGACCCCAUGCAGCAGGCAAUGGUUCACACCCCGAUAAUUCUGAAGGACCCGCCACCAUACCCGGGGCUGAAGACAGACGGCAUGACAUCCAUGGUGCUGCAGACCCAGCAGGGCAUGUCUGGCGGGGUCAUCAUGGCCUCUGAUCCAAAUAGCCGACCCCAAAAUGUCAUUGUGCCACCCCCUAUAGUGUCUUCCUUGGAAGCAGAAAGUGCUGGAAAGCCUGCAACAGCAGUGGGAGCUGCUCCUGCUGCUGAUGCAGGGCAUGGGGAAUCAAGGACAACCAUGGAAGCCACCGAGACAAAGAAGGGGGGACGAGAUGGAACUGGAACACAUAGAGGUCCAGAGGCACACCGAGCAAUGGAGGCACACAAGGGUCCUGAGGCAGCUGGGGAUGAGAGCAAGGUGAAGGAUGUUGGCAGUCAGCCAAGGAAUCUGUCCAAUGAGCAGAAACAGCCCGGUGUGAGGAAUCAUUCCGGUGAAGUGAAUCAGUCUGGUGUCAAGAGUCAGUCCAAUGACCAUGGUCAGACGGAGGCAGCUAAGGGUACACAUGGAGAUGACAAAGUGACAGAGGAACCUGCUGACCCAAUGGAUGCCAUGGUGUGGGAGGAUGGAGUAGCCACACUGCCUGGCAGCGACUUCAAGUUCAAGAUAAACGAGUUCGGUGCUAUGGAGUUGAUCACAGAUGAUGCUGCUGACAUCGAGGGUGCAAGAAACUCGGCAGCCAUUACCAACAACAAUCACUUAUCUGCAGCUCCUGCAGAUAGUGACCAAGGGCAGCAGCAGCAGCAGAGUGAUCCUCCUCGACCUGACAACACCAAGCCCUGUGACAACAGCAUCGCUGAUGUCGACACUACAACCACAGUAGUGAAGGUUGAACCAGGGACGGAGACUGGAAGUGAAGUGGUUGCAGUGAAGGAGCGAGUCGGUCCCGGACGACCAAGGUUGUUGUUGGGUAUGAAGAAGAAGAAACGCAAAUUAGUGAUGGGAGAAGAUGGUCGCCCAAAACUGAAGAUCAGCAUUCCUGGAAGUGAAGAAGAUGGUUUGAACAAACUUCCCUCAAUGCAAGGUCGCAAGUCACGGACAUUUUCCUGGAGCCAGUACCUCGAAGAGGAGCAUGCUGUGGAGGCAUCUGCCAAACUCUUCAAGAAUCCAUUUCCAGCCAGCCAGAAGCCUGGGUUCAAGGUGGGGAUGAAGCUGGAAGGCAUCGACCCCCGCCACCAGUCGCUCUACUGCGUGUUGUCAGUAGCUGAGCUGCAGGGACAUCGCAUACGACUACACUUUGAUGGCUACUCCGAGUGCUAUGACUUCUGGGCCAUGGCCGACUGCCCCUUCCUCUUCCCCACUGGCUGGUGUGAGAAGAACGGCAAAACCCUCCAGCCCCCUAAAAGGGUUUCCUGGAACAUGUAUCUGAAAAUGUCAAGAGCGCCAGCAGCACCUAAGUCCCUCUUCAUCAACCUGCCUACAACAUGUUCUGUGUUCUUCAGUCUGUUCUUCAGUCUGUUCCUCAGUUUCUUCAGUCUGUUCUUCAACACGAAGGACAUAGAGAAGUUCACCUGGGAGGACUACCUGCAACAGUCCAAGUCUUCAGCAGUCCCAGCUAGGGCCUUCAAACCACGUCCCCAGGUUGGGUUUGAGCCCGCCAUGAAGGUAGAAGUAGUGGACCGUCGCAAUCCAAGACUGAUGCGUGUUGCUACUAUAGCCGAGGCAGAAAACUAUCAGGUCAGGAUCCAUUUUGAUGGCUGGUCCGACGUCUACGACUACUACUUGGAAGACGACAGCCCGGAGAUUCGCCCUGUUGGCUGGUGCCGCAAGACGGGACAUGUCCUUGAACCGCCACUCAGUCCAUCUGAGCUGGCAUCUUCCCCCAGUCAAGGAGGGUGCCCCACCCCUGGCUGUAGGGGUGUCGGCCACAUCAAGGGGGCCAAGUAUGUCGGCCAUCACAGUGCAUUCGGCUGCCCAUAUUCUACCAUGAACAUGAACAAAGAGACCACAUUGCAGGACCGCCUCGGCUCCACCCGGUCUGAGGACUCUCUACCCACUCCGCUGUCAGCCCGCAGCAAGCUGGACUACCCAUCGUCCCCUGAGGCCAAGAAAUGUCCUACACCAGGCUGUGAUGGUUCGGGUCACAUCACAGGCAAGUUCACUGCUCAUCACAAGCUGUCUGGAUGUCCUCUAGCAGAGAAGAACCUUCUCAAGUUUAGACAGAAAGAAGACAGUCCACCAAAGCCAUAUUUUGGUGCCAAACGGGGUCGAAAAAGACACAAGUUCCUGAGAUUCGGUGAGCGUGUAGAACGACAGUUCCGGGUCAAGGAGGAGAUCAAGGAAGACACAGAGGCUGUUCACCAGGAGAUCCACCAGUCAGUCUUUAUGUCGGCCAUGGCUCCCAACCCUGCGCGUGACCUCCCUCUGUGCUGGGAACAGCACUCUAAGCUGUUGCCAGGCGUCGACAAGAUCAGGGCUGGCACUGUAUCCAAGUGGACCAUCACAGAGGUGGCUGACUUUGUGCAGACACUCCCAGGCUGUGAGGAACAGGGCAAGGUCUUUCAGGAGGAGCAAAUUGAUGGAGAAGCGUUCCUUCUCUUGAAUCAAACUGACAUUGUGAAGAUCAUGAAUAUAAAGCUUGGUCCUGCUCUCAAGAUCUUCAACAGCAUACUUAUGUUCAAAAGUGCCAACGAAGCGUGAUGCAGAUAGAAGCGACAUAGUGCUAGGUUGCCCAACACAUAGUGUAGCAUAAUAUGCAGAGUGGAUGUUGUCAUAGUUCGAUGAUUGCAUCAUCGUGUAGAGGUCAAGGUCAACUGUGGCUGUAUGUGUAGUGCACUGUGUAAAACACAGAACAGGGCCAUGUCGUGCACUGUGCGACACGCGUGUGCCCGAUGUUGUGAUGUGGCAACAGUGUUGUAAUGUGGUGCAAGGCAUCAUGUGGUGUACAGGAGAUGCCUUUGUGUUUGGGAUACGCAAAACUGACAUUUAUUACCAAUGCAGGCCUCAUGGUCUUUAUGAAUUGGAGAGGGCAUAGGCCACAGAAGAAGAAUUAAGAUGGCGCAAGUGUUGUGCGACAGUUGGCAGCCAUGAUGACCUGUGUGUGUGUUAACUGACAGAAUGUGACAUGUCCCGUUCAGAAGAAUCAAGAUGGCACAAGUAUUGCGCGACAUUGGCAGCCAUGAUAACCUGUGUACGUGUUAACUGACAGAAUGUGACAUGUCCCGUUCAGAAGAAUCAAGAUGGCACAAGUAUUGCGCGACAUUGGCAGCCAUGAUAACCUGUGUGUGUGUGUUAACUGACAGAAUGUGACAUGUCCCGUUCUGACGGAAUGUGUCAGUGAAAAUCUGAGGUCGUGAUGAUGUUUUUGCAACAAUGUUUAAAAUGGCAGCACGACUCCCAGUGAUAACUCCCUGCAUAAUGAGUACAGAUGGUGACUUGGUGCUGUCUAAGACAUAAUACUGCAACCAUACUCCUGCUGUGUAGGAGUGUAUAAGUGAUAGAACCAGUCCUUGUGUGGUGUCUUCUGGUGAUACAGGUGAUAGAGUUUAUGCAUUCUUGUUCUCAUAGAGUCUGAGACACUGUUACAGCUUGUUGUUUGAUUACACUGCAUGUGUAAGUAAAAUGUGAAUGCAUGUUAGCAAAAUGUGCACCUUGUUUCCUUUCGUUGCACUUCUCACACUAACCUCUGGUCGUAUUGAUGACCCUAAUAUGUGAAAGAGUAUAAAAUGCUCUCAAAAGUAUAAUUCUAGAAUUUAUGGAUGACCUCUCAUCACUAGGCUGACCGCUAGAGAUGACCUUGUUACAGAAGGUUGACCUGUAGAGGUCAUCAUGAUCCAGUGGGCACACCCCUAGAUGUGACCUUGUUACUGAGGGCAGACACCCAAGAGGUGACCUUGUUGCAUAAGGUUGAUCUGUAGAGGUCAUCUUCCAACAGUAGGCAGACUCCAGAGGUGAUGUAGGUUGACCCUUUGAGGUGACCUUGCUUAAGUAGGCUGACCACUAGAAGUGAUAGUACUACCAAGAUGAUCUCGAAUGUUCCAUGAUGUUCACCUCAGGAGAUAACCAUGAUGCUUUUGACUGAUCUCUGCAAGUGAUCUGUUUCACAGGUUUACCACCAGAGGUGACCUUCAUGUUUUAAAAUUUCUCCCGAGGUGACCUUGGUAUAUCAUCUAACUUCUAGGGGCUACCUUGAUACUGCAGCUGAUAUGUAGAGGAGACGUUUGUACCUGAGUGAGUGUUGAUGUAUGACUUUGGUACAUGAAAUUGCUUGUAGUUUCAUCUUGGUACCUCAGAUUAGUAGUAGAGGAUACAUUGUCUACAGGUGACCUUGGUACCACAGCUUGCUUCCUCAGUUCCUCAGCUUAGUUGUCGAGGGGACUUUGGUACAUUGUCUGACCUCUAGAACUGACCUUAGUAUCUGAGGCUUACCUCUACAGGUGACCUUGGUACUUGAGCUUGCUUGUAGAGUUGAUCUUGGUGCACCUCUAGAAAUGAUCAUUGAACAGGAGGCUUUGUAUGUUGAGUAAUUCCUAGUGCCUUUAUAAGAGGCGAUCUGUGACCUAGCGGGAUCAUUGUGGGUGACAGCUCGGACGGCUGUGUAGAGGGUGGUCUGUUGAUUGUUUCUUUAGCCCUGUGGGACUUUGUACUACUAUUGUUUCUAUUAUUAUUGUUAUUGCCUUACUGGUAUCUGCUGACAGCUCACAGUGCUCAAUGGGGGAUAUGUUAUUGAGGGUGCAUGACAUGCUAAUGAUACGGGAGGGGUUAGAUACUAGUGAGACCCCUAGUGAGACCCGUAAGUGCUAGUAAUAUGGGUGGGGUACAAACACUAGUGAUAUGAUAUAGAACAAACUUUAUGGAUAACAACUUCUAUUUAUUCGUGAGUGCGACGUUUCGAUACAGAUUCUUGUACCGUUGUCAAGCAUAAUGGAACAUGAAGAAGGGGGAAGUAUAUAUAUACUGGAUGUAACAAUGUAACAAAGAAAACAACAUAAUUAACAUAAUUAUGUUGUUUACAGACACUAGUGAUAUGGGGGGGUACAGACACUAGUGAUAUGGGGGUACAGACACUAGUGAUAUGGGUGGGGUACAGACACUAGUGAUAUGGGGGACACAGAUACUAGUGAUAUGGGUGGGGGUACAGACACUAGUGAUAUGGGUAUAUGGACACACUAGUGAUAUGGGGGUACAGACACUAGUGAUAUGGGGUACAGACACAAGUGAUAUGGGUGGGGUACAGACACUAGUGAUAUGGGGGUACAGACACUAGACAUAUGGUGAUAUGGGGGGUACAGACACUAGUGAUAUGGGGGUACAGACACUAGUGAUAUGGGGGAUAUAGUACAGACACUAGUGAUAUGGGGGGUACAGACACUAGUGAUAUGGGUGGGGGGUACAGACACUAGUGAUAUGGGUGGGUGGUACAGACACUAGUGAUAUGGGGGUACAGACACUAGUGAUAUGUGGGGGUACAGACAAGUGAAUUGCUUGGGGUACAAUCAGUGAUGAUAGUGACAUCUGAGGGACUGAAGGUUCAGAAGGUUAUAUGGGUGGAGUUGGGUGCUCACACUAGUGAUACGGGUGGGCUUCACAACAUGCUGUUGAUGUAGGUUGGGGAGGGGCAGGGUACACACCAGUGAUGUGGGUACACUUACAAGAUGCAGUUGAUAUUGGAAGCGUGGUGGGGACACCUAAUGAAGUGGGUGGGAUACAUUGAUAGGAAUUGAUGCAUUGGGUGUACACCAGAGGGGUAUGGGCAUCAAUAGAGAGGGAUGGGUCUGGUGGGUGAUGCUUUGUUAUGUCUUACUGGAAGAUGUUUCUUGAGGGGGUGAAAUAACUUGUAUUCAACACAUUCAUCUUUGUCUCAAAUAAAAGAUUUUUAUUCACCA